CGAAGCAUAGCGUGCGAUGGAGAGGCUGAGGCAGACGACGCAGUUAAGAUACGCCAAUACAAUAAUGACAACAAGAGUAUGGGCAUGGUAGUUGCCAUUACUAACCAACCUCAAUCUCCAAUCAAUCUCAUCUACUCAAAUCUUCACUUUAUCUUCCCAUCUCUCUUUCAUACAUAUAACCUAAGAAGAAAACCUCACAAGAAUUUCUCGAAGCGAUAGCACGACGACGGCCAUGGAGCACGACGAGAGCCAAGAAACGGCCGCUACGUUCAUGCCCGUCAUCCCACGAUUGGAUCGUCUUGAUCGCCUUCUGCAGCUUUUAGAGGAGAAGCAUAGCUUGUCAAGGAGAGAUUUCUGUGGCAAUACUUGUGCAGUGGAUGCGGGGAGCAACGUCGACGAGUGCAAGACUCUGUCGUCGGCUCUGGACGAAGUCCACCGGAAAGGCACGCUCAUAGAGCGGCUCGUCCUGCUUGAGAACCGAGUACUGCAGUUGAGCCUGGAAAUGGACGAAGGGAACACAUCCAAGUCCAGCACUUCAACAGUUGAAGUUUCAGAAAUGACAGCCAAAGAGUCUGAACUAUUAUCCAUUCCCAAGAGACAGGACGAGAGUCCACCACCACUCACUGCUCAAGAAAUGCAACUUCCUGCCAUGACUCCACCACAAGAGAGCGUUGUUGUAAGAGAAGGAAGUCGUCAACACAAAAACAAAGGAAAGAAGAAGAAAGUGCCAAAGAGAUGGCUGGGACUGUUUCGACUUACAUGCUGAUCUUUUAUUUUAGGGUGUCGAGUAAGUUGGUAUGCUCUUAUUUAUUUUUAUUUUUUUAUAAAUAAAGGAGGAUUAGAAUUAGUUCUCCAACGACAUGUAAUA